UCUUAUCAAUACAGAAAAAAUAUAAUCUUGAUUUUUUGUGACUAAAUAUCGAUAUGCUGGAUCGAUUGAUUAAAUUCAUCAUUCUUCUCAGUUUGCAUACCUUAUGCCAAGUUGGCAACACUGAAAAGGUCAUUUUCGCGCGCGAUUCUUCAUGACAAACAAAACCGUUAAAGUCUGUUAAUUUCUUUAUUACUUUUUUUAAAUAGUGUUUCUUAUAUAUGCUUUUAUUUUUAUUGUGAAAGAUUUUAAUAAAAAUUAUAUUAUACACAUAUUUAAAUCAUGUUUUCAAAAGCAAAACGUUUUGAAGCACCUGUCCUACAUAAAGGCCAGUCAAUAGCGAAUGGACAAAAGAAGCAGGAAAAUGAAAAACACAAACCAGUUAAAACUCCUAUUUCGACAGAGUCAACAGGCAAAUCCAAAAAGAACUAUGCAAAAUCUGUUGAUGCCCAGUCUCAAUGUAGCUCAGUCCAAAGUGUUAAAUCUUUUAUCACUCCAAAGCCAAUAAAAUCAACAGUCUCAGUAUUCAGUAAUGUUAAGAAACCUUUUGGGUCUUCUACUAAAAGUAACUGCAAUAAGAAAGAUUUAAAACUAAAAACACAAGAUGAGAUUAUUAAGUCACAGGAGGUAGAAAUCAGGAACAAAGAUGGCACUAUAUCAGAAUAUAAUAAACAAAUUGAAGAUUUAAAAAAUAAAAUUUGUAACCUUCAAAAGCAAACCAAAGAACUUUUAAAACACACCAAAGUUUGUGAUAAUUUGAAUGUACAGUUUUCUCAGAUAGCUUUAAAUGAAGAAAUUAUACCAACAAAUGGAAAAAGUGAGCUUGUUGCAACUGAUUAUGAUAUUGUAAUUAAUAAUUUAAAGCAGAAAAUAUAUGAAUUGGAACUUCAGUGUGACAGAUUAGAUCUAGAAGUUAGUAGUAAGCAAGUAGAAUUAUCAUCUCUUGAAGAAAUUAUUGCUAUUAGAGAUAGUUUGUGUAAAGAUUUGCAAGAAAAAUUAACUUGUGUGGAAACUUCUUUAGAAGAGACUCGUCACAGACUUGAAAUGGUGAAAGGCCAUCAUGCUCUAGCUUUGGAAGCUAAUGAAAGUAUUAGAAGAGAAUAUAAAGCUGAACUUGAGGCUUUAAAGUCUAAAGCAGAAGAAGAAAAACAAUCAAUCAUAAGUAAAAGUAAAAUAGAUCAGGAAAGUAUUAAAGUAAAAUAUAAUGAAUUGAUUGAAUCCAUUAAAAAUCAAUUACUAAAAGAAAAAGAUGAAGCAGUGUAUGAACUUCAGCAGCAAUUAUCCACAAAUGACUGUGAAAUGAAAGCAAAACUUGAACAAGUCAAUGAAGCUACACAUGAAAAGCUAAGAUUGUGUGAGAUUCAAUUUGAAGAACGUACUAGAAAUAUACAAGAAGAGUGGGCACAUCAGAAAUCUAAAGUUCAGUAUUUGGAAAAAGAAAUCAAAGACUUAAAGUACAGUUUAAAUCUUGCUGAAGACCGUAGUGUAAUAUUACAGAGAGAAAUCAACAACCUGAAAAAUGAGAAUGAAUUGUUAAAAAUUGAUAAAUUAAAUGCAAUGAAAGAAGUUGAUUUAAUUAAGGAAGACUCUAAGAAGAAAGUUAUGAAUUUCGAAAAUGAAAUAAAUAAACUAACAGUGGAAGUUGAUAGAGCAGCUAAAGAGAAAAAUAAGUAUGAAAUGUCUUUGUCAGUCACAAGAGAUAUAGUACAAGUUUUAACCAUGCGUUUAAGAGAUACUGAUAAUGAAUUAGAACAUUUAGAAGGCAAAGUUCAGUCACUAUCAAACUCAAAGGAAUUACUUGAUAAUGAACUUGCUAAAUACAAAAAUACGCUCAACAACACUAUUUUAGAAUGUAAUGAAUACAAAGAGGCACUUGUUAACAUAUUGAAAUCCAAAGCUGCACUUGCUAAAGAACAUAAUCGUAUAAUGGAACACAAUGUAUCUUUAAUAGAAAGUUUGCAAAAUGUUGAAAUAGAAGCUUAUAGGGAACUUGGCUCUAUAAAAAAUGAACUUAUAGAGGAUGUGGAAAUGUUAAAAAAAGAAUCAAAUACUCAAAUUCAAAUGCUUCGUGAUGAGGUGGAGAAGAAAAGAGUAUUAUGUAAACUAGCGCAAGAGCACGCAGACCAGGCCACAACAGCCGCUGAACAAUCCCGCUCCUUGCUGGCACAAGCUGCCGCCGAAAUUACCCGGCUUGAAAGUGAAAACCAACGCUAUCAACAACAGAUUCAAGAUCAACAAUCACUAGUAGUCGAGUUAUCUCUGCUACGCCAGGAAAAUGAAGAACUGACAAUAAGUGUGGCAAAACAGUCUUCAAUAAUUGAUAAAAUGAAGAAAGAAAUGGAACAAAUGGAACUACCAAAACCGAAAUCGCCAUCAGUAAUAAGAAAGCCACAUAAAGUGGGCAAAGAAAAUUUACAGUCUGUUCUCUCGCCACUGAGAGAACGUAAUCAUUAAUCUGGAUUUCCUUUCGCAAAGGCUAAUCUUAUAAAUCGAUCAAAUUAAUUUUCACUGUUAUAAUACCUAAUAUUUUACAAUUGGUAUUUUUAACGUUUUUCAUGGUUUUUAUAUAUAAGCAUUGUUUAUAAUUUAUUACUUUGAUGUUAUUGACAACUAAUUUAGUAAAGGGUGAUCAUUGUGUAUGAAAAAUAAAAUCGUUCUUGAAAUA